AUUGGAAAAAAAAUUGAAUUUAAGAAUAAAAACCAAAACAAAGUUAGUUUACAUGUGUUUGUGAUUUCUGAAUAAAACGGUUUUGGAAAUACCAAGCCAAAGAAUCUGCAUUACAAAAACCAAUCGGUGAAGUAAAAGUGAAAUGCAAAUAUUAAUUCACAAUUUUCAGUGAAUGAGUGAUGAAAACAAAACUAACAUAAUAAAAUUUAUGAAAAAGAAAACACAAGUGAUUAUAAAUUGUUUUUAAAACAAUAAUCCAAAAACUACGAAUAUAUUAUAUUUUAAUUUUAUUUUGAAUUACCCAUCCAAAAACCGUCUUUGACGUUAAAUAAACUUCGUCUCUCACCUUUCCACCGUCAACAUCACAUCGUUGCGCCGCCAUGGAGUUACAAAUGAAAUUGGAAAUGCUGUGCCGCGUUUGUGCCGCCAAUACAAAAUGCAAAAAUUCCGAAUGUGUUUACAUUUUGAAAACUGCCGGUCUAUGUGAAAAAUUGGAUAAAUUUCUUUACUUAAAGGUUCUUGAGAAUGAUGCUCUUCCCAAGAUUCUGUGUAAAUCCUGUUUUCGUCAAGUUGAGGCCACAGCCUCGUUGUCGAAAAUUGCCAAGGACACAGAAAAAGUGUUUCGAGAUUUCCUGUCCAGUGGCAUGCCUAAAGGUGUCAAUACAACUGAGACGGCGGCCAAAGCCAGCAUCAACCCACCAGAAUACACAUCUUCCGAUUUACUGAGCAAAAAAGAUGCCGACAAAGGAUCGAACAAUGCAAAUGAUUUAUCUACAUCAACAUCAUCUACAAAAUCCAAGCCAGCAGGAUUGACAGACAUGCAAUCACCACCACCUCCACCCCCUCUGCCUACACCACCAACGUUUAAUAUAACACCACGUAAAGAAGACUUGGUGGUCAAUGUAUCCGUUUCAGAUCCCUUGACCAGGGAAAAUCAACAGAAAAUGAUUUCAAACUCCCAAAGACGUCAUAGCAUAAUGGUCGAUAUGGCUUCAUUGGGAUCAUUGGCAAAUAUAACCUCCAAUUUGGCACAGCUAUCGCAAAAGAACAACAAUAGCCCAAGUACGGGCCAUUCGUCGGGUCGUAAGUCAGCCAGCCCAGCUCGGGUGCAAAAAUAUUGUACAAUCGCACCGAAACCUUUGCUCAAAACAUCUCAGCAACCUAAUCAGGUGACCACAUUUUCAAGUGGUGGUUAUGUUAUUGAACCCUUGCAGCUGCCACAGAGCAGUGGCGGGAAUUCUGCAGAAAAGGAGGUUAUUAAAAAACCCGCCCUUCCCUUGACCAUAACCGCCACUGGAGUAACUCCAGCCAUUACCGUCACCGACAAUACAAUUUUACAGCAGAAACGCAAAAAUUUGGUUAAAGCUUUAAAUAACAUCAAGGCUAAUAGUGGCGGCCAGGUAUCAUUGCUGAAGAGUUCCCAGCCAAAGCAGCAGCAACAAUCCUUGCUGCAAUCCAAUCAACCAGCGGGAAAAUCACUUUUGGUGGAGAAUAUUGUCAAGCAGGUGACAGACGAACUGCCAGAUCGUAUUAUUAUUGCAGCUCCGAAAAACAAGGCGGCAUCCUUGAAUAAACCCAAAAAGCCAGAGGAUUCCAAUAUACCAGCCUCCUUGGCUGCCAGCAACCCGACCAUAAAACCACCAAGUACUUUGGUUAUAUCGGAAGUUCCUGCUGUUCAGCAGCCUUUACCAGCAACUGUGGCCCAACAGCCACCACCAGCAGCAGCAACUCAGCAGCCACCCAAAACAUCCAGUUUUCCAGAAGAUAUUCUCUUGGGUCGUGUCAUCAAAGACAUCGAUCUAUUGAAACUGAUUCUAAAAGCUCUCAAAUGGCCGGUAAAUAAACAAAACUUGGAACUGCAAUUGCAACGUUUGAAAAGUACCCGUUUCACCGAUAUUAUGUCGGAUCCAAAUUUGUUGCAAGAUACAGAUUUGACACAGCUAUUAGGUCCAUAUUUGGCUCCCGUCCUGUUGGCAGCACAAGCCUUGCAACAACAGCAGCAACAAAUUAUGAUGAAUAAUAAUGGAAAUGCUUCAAAAGUAGCCGCUGGACCUAAGAAAUCGGCGACUACUACUACCAUUAUUACACCAACCUCCAAACCCAUUGCAAUUCCAUCUACUCUUCUGUUGGACUCUACAAAAGAUGAAAUCAAUAAGGCCAUACCCUAUAAACUACCGCCAGAAACAUCGGUGCAGUUGGUACCAGCUCUGCCCGAAGAGACGGAAAUCAAAGAAAUUCCUUCAACCUACAAUACAAAUUCUGGCAACUUGAAGCGACCCCACAGCAAGGAUUCGGGGAAAUCUUCAGCACCCAUGAUUAAGAGGCAACGUAAAUCGGGUAUACAGAAACAUCGUGAUUCGAUUGUUAUAUCCGAUGAAGAGGAUGGAGAACCGCCUGCGGCCACUGAAAAGUCCAACAAAACAAAUGCUCGCCAACGUUCAAAUAAGUUGCCAAAUAAUUACGAAAUUGAUCUGACCAAUCCAAGUUUCCUGGUGCAAUUGGGCCUUUUGAAUGGAAGUUCUUCGGAACAAGCCAAUGAGGCAUUAAUGGCUCUAUUGGCCAAACAAAGGAUGGUCAAACAGCAACAGAGCAGCAGCAGCAGCCAAAGAAAGAGACUUAGCAGCAUUUCUCAUAACCCAAUAAUCCCCAGUAAUAGCAGUGAUAAGAAUACCACGGAUAAUGCCAGUGAAUUUGAUGCCUUGAUAAAUAUUGAUGAUGACAUUGUCCUGAUGGAACCUGUGACCACAAGUUCAUCAUCAUCAAUGGCAAAGGAGGAGAUUGGAGCCAAUAAAUCUGUAUCCAAUCUGCCUGCCAUUGAUAUUAGCAAUUUUGUAAUGCCUCAGCAGCUACAAAAUGUGGCACCAAUUAUUACAAGGCCCAUAAUUAAGCGGCGCAAGACCGUCAUACAGUCCUCAAAGGCAGUUGUUAAGGAUGUUGUGGUACCACCAACCACCACGGCGGCCAGUAACAAUGCCGGGAAUUCGAAUAAAUUGGAAAAAGACAAUGCAACAAAGAAAACAUCACAAGAGGAACUGCCAACAACGACGACAACCGCCAACACCGGCGGCAAUGCUACCCCAUCAGGGGCCAGUAGCACCGAAACAUCACCCUCAAAACAAGGAUCACGCAAACAACAAAAUAAAGCUGCCUUGGGUCAACAGCUACUGGAGGCGAUUGGUUUACAAAAAAUACAAACCAAAGAUUCCAGCAAAACCGUGCAUUAUGCUUCCACAUCUUCGACUGCUUCCAAUGAUGUUGCCCCUCCUGCAAUGGGUAGUAAACAGUCGGUACAACAAAUACGUUCAGCUCUAAAGAAGUCCCUAAAACAGGCCCAGGAACAACAACAACAACUGCGUAACAAAGACUCCACUACGACCAUCAUACAAGAUGCCGAUUCCACAACUAAAACCACAGUCAAAGAUAUUGUCAUUGAACAUCGUAGCAAUAAGUCCAUGGACAGCUCUUCCACCCACGAUGAUGAUAUCGAAGAACAAAUUGAAAAAAUCACACUGGUUAAGAGUGCCAACACCGUACAAGAGACUUCAACUAAAGAUGAACCCAAAAGGGAAACUUCGUCAAGGAAAAAACCUUGCCUCUCGGCUGGAAGAAUAACCGAACGUAGAAGUACUUUACCCUCAUCGGCGGGUAGGGUACGCUUUAAUUUGAAUCCUAAAGGAGGGGAUAAGGAGGACAAGGAGGAGGAGAAGAAGACUACCAAUAGUACUUUGAAAAAGGAAACGGAUGUGGUGAAAGCCGGCCAACAGGAGGAGAAAAUAAAAUCGGAAGCUGAAAGUCCCAAUGUUAGCUCAACAUCGUCCACCACCGAACAAUCACAGCCAAAAGAAGAACCCACGGAAACGCCACGUAGACGGGGAGGACGUAAACGUAUCACUGAAAUUACAGAGGCCAAUGAUACAUCCAACCACACGGAAAAAGAAAGUGAAAAAGAAAAGGAUAAUAAACCCAAAGAAACUGAUAAAGACAAUGACAAGAAAAAGGAUAAAGAAAAAGAAAAGGAUAAAUCGAAAGACGCCGAAAAGGAAAAAGAAACCAAGUCACAAUCCUCCAAAGCUGUUGAUAAAAUAAAAGAGGACCUAGAUGAGACAUCGAGCAACUCGGGCCGCCCCACAAGACAAAGUAAAACUUUGUCCAAAUAUUAUAAAGGUCCAGAUAAGGCAGCUGCCAGCCGACGUUCAUUGCCAGCAAGAUCAACAAGAAAUAGAAAAUAUUGUUAAAUUUAAAGUGUACGUAUAAAAUAAAAAAAAGGAAUUUAAAAGAGAUGAUUCUAAACAAACAAAAGUGAAUUCAAGCCUAUAUUUU